AUGGGAGACCUGGAGUGUGGCUUUGAGGAAAUGCAAGGAGUGAGGCUGGGAUACCUGCUCAUAAAAGGCAAGCAAAUGUUUGCUUUGUCUCAGGUCUUCACCGACCUGCUGAAGAACAUCCCUCGGACCACGGUGCACAAGCGCAUGGACCACCUGAAGGUGAAGAAACACCACUGCGACCUGGAGGAGCUGCGGAAGCUCAAAGCAAUAAACUCUAUAGCUUUCCAUGCCGCUAAAUGCACCCUCAUAUCGCGGGAGGACGUGGAGGCUCUGUAUUUCUCCUGCAAGACGGAGCGGGUGUUGAAGUCCAACAAAAGGAAAGCGAAAGCGGCGUGUUCCCCCGGGGACGAGGAUGCGUCCCAGGGGUUCCUGCGUGCGGACGCCGAGCUGUGGAAGGAAAAAGUUUGGUUUAGUUUGCACGGUGUCCCGGAGACUCUCGCACUUCACAACAAAACGGGCAAGAGGAGAGAGCUGACUCCUUGCCUUACCGACUCCAAACUACCUCAAUUUUACCACAAAACCCACGGACGGGAAUACCGUUCGGUGACCAAGUCUAGUUACAAACACUUUAAAAACUAUGAAACAGCGAAAAUAACAGGGAACCGCGUUACCUUGAGCCAAAGGCACUCGUUUUUCCGGAGCGCUGUGAGCCGGCAGCCGGUGGUGUCCGCCAUAGCUGCUCAGUCCAGGCUCUCGCGCUCAGCCGGCGACCUACUUCACAAAAGGAAGAGGAGGCGCGAGGGGGGCGGCGGCAGGGACAGCGCGAGGCACUCGUGGAGCAGGAGCAAACAGGCGCACCACCACGUACCGCCGGUGCUGCUCUUACAACCCAAAUCACCCGGCGGCCACGGGACCUCUUUUGGUGCUUUCCACCUCGGUCCCGAUUUCUAUCUUGACCCCAGACCUCACCAUCAUCACCACCACCAGCACCACCAUCACCACCAUCAUCACCACCACGAGCCGAGUUUCCCGGAGGGUUACAGCAGCGACACCGAGUCCAGCACCUACUCAGACAGGGCGUACCCGGACUCGGACUUUGGGUCCGGCUUCUCCACCACCAGCAACUCCGCGAGCUCAGAGGAGGAGGAGGAGGAGGGCGAGGAUGAAGAUGACACGCAGUCAGAGAGUUCAGAGGUCAGCUCAGACGAGGAGGAGAGCUCCUCUCAGUCCGACUCGAGCUCCGUUUCUAGCCGUGUGUCGGUGCAGAGCAUUCGGUUCCGACGGGCCCGGGUCGGGUCCCUCGCCAAAACUCUCAACACUAGUAAAGCACCUUUGGUCCUGCAGCCCACGUUUCACUACAACAACCACCAGCAGCAGGAGAGGCAGCACAGGACCCUGGGGCAUGCUGCCUCCUCGCAGGCAGGAGACAGUAGACAGGAAAAACGACAGAAAUGUGAUUUUAUAUGCAGUGAAACUAGAAAGGACCUGGGACCCUUACAGACACCAAAAUUUAACUCAGGCGUCGUGGGGGAGAGCUUCUUCACCGAGUCCAAAAGGGAAAAGGCGUUUGAGGCUGGUCUAGACAGAUCUGACCCCGCGGACGAGCUGGUCCCGUAUUCACCGGGACCCAACCGGAAUAAGGCCUUUCACCCCUCACGCGCGACACCGGGGCACCCCACCAUGUGCCCCCCGGGACUGGGCGCACAGUGUGACCACGACAAGCUCCCCAAAUGUGCUGACAAAAGGGAGGCGAAAGCCGCCAGCGUGAAACUGCCCACUACCCUGAAAAGAAUAAAGAUCGAGGCGGAGGAGUCCUCUGUGACCGCCGCCCCCCACUCGGACAGCGGCAGGACAGCCAGGACACCGCCCUUCAACCUCCACAACGUGAAAGUUAAAGUGGAGGAAAGCUGUGAUGAAUAUGAAUACCAGAGCCAGGCCACUGUAGUCAAAUGUAAAGGAGAUAAGACAGAGAGUAGCGGCGGCCAGUAUCCCAGUGGGGCCAUCAAACAAGGGGACUUUUUCAGCAGCGGGAUUAAAGACACAGAGAGGAGCCCUGACGUGGUCCCCAGGCCCCCCUGUGGUCCUCAGGAAUGCUGGAGCACCCAGGACACCCCGUGCGUCGACGAGGGGGAGCACAGGAGCAAAAACUGCAGGGCUCCGGUGCUGGGGAAUAAGAAGUCCCGGGUUUCCAGGGCGCAAACAAAGCAAAACGUGCCCAGGGUCAACAAGGCUCCCUCUUCUUCCUCCUCCUCCACCUCCUCCUCCUCCUCUUCUUCUUCUUCUUCGCGUCCCGCGGGCUGCGACGAGGCAUCCACGGAGGAUUUACCUUGCAGACGCAAACGCAGCAACGCGAGCACUGUAGCAUCGCCUGCAAAAACGCCUUUCAGCCUGAUGGCAAACUUCCCAUCCCCGCCGUCGCUGGUUGUUGGCAGCGACGGGGAUUUGUGCCCUGCUUACUCCCUGAACUCGCUGAGGGGCACCGGGCCUCCCCCUCCGUCCCACCCCGUGUGGAGGUGGCAGCCAGGCGGCCAGAUUCUCCCUCCCCCACACGCUCAGAGAACUAGGAAAUACUGA